UCGGAGCUUAGCUCUUUUGGGUUUCAAAAAAAUGGAGACAGCCGGCAAAAUUAUCAAAUGCAGGGCAGCUGUUACCUGGGGAGUAAACCAACCCUUUUCAAUUGAGGAGGUGGAAGUGGCUCCCCCAAAAGUCAAUGAAAUCAGAAUUAAGAUGGUGGCAACAGGCAUAUGUCGCACUGAUGACCACGGAAUGAAAGGAAAAUUGGAAAAUUCAUACUUUCCCAUUAUUCUUGGCCAUGAGGGGGCUGGUAUUGUAGAAAGCAUUGGAGAAGGGGUGAAAAGAUUUAAACCAGGUGACAAGGUCAUUCCUCUUUGCUUACCCCAGUGUGGUCAGUGCCUUUGCUGCAAUGAUGAAAGGACCAAUAUUUGCAUUGUAGCCAGCACAGCUAAUCGCAGAGGACUGAUGGCUGAUGGCACCAGUAGAUAUACCUGCAAAGGAAAACAAAUCCAUAAUUUUUUUCACUCUGGCACCUUUAGCGAAUAUACUGUGGUUGAAGAAAUUGCAGCCACUAAAAUUGAUAACAACGCACCACUGGAUAAUGUCUCUCUUUUUGGAUGUGGCUUCACAACUGGUUAUGGUGCUGCUUUAAACACAGCCAAGGUACAUCCAGGGUCUACAUGUGCUGUAUUUGGUUUGGGUUGCGUUGGACUUGCUGCUCUCAUGGGUUGUAAAGCAGCUGGUGCGUCCCGUAUCAUUGGAGUAGAUAUCAACAAGGACAAGUUUGACCUGGCUAAAGAAUUAGGAGCAACUGAGUGCAUCAACACCAAAGAUUAUGAUAAACCCAUUGAACAAGUACUUCAGGAGCAAACUGGUGGUGGUUUGGACUAUGUAUUUGAAUGCAUUGGUAACACAAAAACUAUGGUUGCGGCAAUAAAGUCCAGCCAUUUUGCAUUUGGAACGACUGUAAUUGUUGGAGUUUCUGAUAUAAAUGAAACGAUUACCAUUGAUCCAAUGGUUUUUUUGACUGGACGUAAAAUGACAAGUUCUAUUUUGGGAGGGUUGAGGGUCAAGGAUGAUAUCCCAAAACUGGUUACCGCUUACAUGGAAAAAAAGGUUGAUGUGGACAAGCUGGUGACACACAGACUACCUUUUGAGGAAAUCAAUAAAGGAUUUGACCUUUUGCAGUCUGGUAAAAGCAUUCGAACUGUUUUGUUAUUUUAACAAGAGUCAACAGAGGAAUAAGAUCACUUCUACCAACUGCUCACUCUACAUACAUUUUUUUUGAAAUUCAGGAUCUGAAAGCAUUCUUAUACAGCAAUAAGCUACAAAUAAAAGAAAAUAAUAUUCUUUUUUGUGGUU